AUGUCAGCGGCAGCCAUAGGAGUUGAUAACCGAUGUUUGAUGAAAAAUAAAAAGAACAAAAAUGGCACAUGUGAUAGUAUCAAUGUAGAUGUAAAUCAUAUUAUAAAAGAUAUAUAUGGUUUUAAGCAUGGAAGAAAGAGAAACGUACAAUUUAUUAACGACGACACUUUAUUGAAUAACCAGGAUAUGAAGAAAAUUAUAAAGAGAAUAAAAAUUCAAGACAGCUAUGGGAGUAACGGUACGGGUAAACAUGGCCCAUGUGACCGUGAGAGUAAACAGGAGGAAGAUCCAUUGACGCUGUCUCCACAGGAUGCCACUUGCAGCAGUAGUGAGGACGCUGUUAAGAUUGGUUCUGACAGCGGCUUGGAUAGGAUGUCGGAUAGGGGGUCAGACAGCUGCACAAGUAACAACCACGUACGAAACACCGAAAAGCGCAGCUGCCCCCAAGAAUAUGAUUACAUGUGCGAAAACAAUCACUUUGUAAAAAGACAAGCCAGUAGCAACAAUCUGGUUACAAGCGACUCCACAACGGAAUCGUUAGCCCAACGAGAAGAAAAGAGAAAAAUUUUGUCCAAGCAGUUUGAACUGUGCAUUGAUAACGUCCUAGAGCAUAUCCUCUCAUGUAACGAAAUUAAUCAAGCCAAAAAAAUAAUGAUUCCCUUGUUAAGUGAAUUUAUAUUAAAUAAUUUUAUGUGCCUGGAUGAUCAUCACAGGAUUCAAAAUGGAUACAAAAUAAAUAUGGACACGUUGCACAAGGAAAAAAAAGUUUUAAUAAGUGCCGUAAAAACACAGUAUCAAAAAAUUAUACAAUUGCAAAAAUUGGUGGAUAGCCAAAAAUGUGAAAUAAAAAAAAAAAGCGAUGAGCUCAAUCAGAUAAAAGCCAAAGUGCAUCAGUACUUCUACGACAUUAAUAACCCUAACAAGAGAAUCUUUUCCAUAUUGUCCCCAGACGUGUACUAG